AUGGUUUCUUAUAAAGAAAUAAAAGCGUCCAACGCACUCAUAAACGAUACAAACGCCCCACGCGUGGCCGUCUUCGUCGGCGGUACAUCCGGUAUUGGAAAGUUCACGGUCACGGCCCUGGUCGCUACAGAUGCAAGCGUGAGGGUCUACCUAGUUGGCCGCAAGAGCUCUGAAGAGCAUACGCGUAUUUUCAUCCAGGAGUUGCAUACCAUCAACCCAAAGGCAGAAGUCAUUUGGAUCGAGGGCGAGGUCGCGCUCCUCGCGGAAACUAAGAGAGUAUGCGAAGUUAUCAAAAGUAAGGAGUCACACGUGGACUUACUAUUCCUUACUGCGGGCUAUGCACCAUUCGGCACACGUAAGGAGACCGCCGAGGGCAUAGAAGUCGCCCAGAGCCUGGAGUACUACUCCCGAAUGCUCUUCAUUUUACAUCUUCUCCCCCUCCUGGGCGAAGCAGAAGCUCCCAGAGUCAUCAGUGUUUUGGGUGGUGGAUUGGAGCGGACAACUAUCGACUUAGACGACUUGGACCUAAAGAAGCCUGGGAAUUUUAGCGGCAUCCAGGCUCAGACGCAAUACAUACCUAUGAACUCCAUGACUCUAGAGAAGAUUGCAAACGACAAUACCAAUGUGACGUUCAUCCACUCUUGGCCUGGAUCGGUCAACACUGGAAAUGUAAGAAGGGGUUUAGAGCCGAAUUCGAUCUUGGCCUGGUUCAUCUGGCUUAUCCUUGAGCCCCUUAUUACCCUAUUUAGUUUUAGCGACGAGGAGUCUGGACAAAGACAUUUAUUCCAAUGCACCAGCGCUGCUUUUGGCGGCCGUGGCGUACCGUGGCAUGGCCCACCAGGUAUAAAUUCGCAGGAGCAGCCAGAGAAUGGAUUGUUUCUCGUCAAUCGCAAGUGCAGCUGUACUCCAAAUGCGAAGGCUAUGCACUUGCUUCGAGAGAAAGCGCAGGGGAAAAUUUGGGAUCAUACACAGGAAGUUCUCAGGCCAUAUUUGUAG